AUGUCCGAAACUAAUAUAAUAAUUAUGGAUGCCCGCCUACAGAAGAACCCUUAUCCUAAACUUCCAUUUUCAUUCAACCACAAUAUGUAUCCUUCAGUUUCAAGAAAAGAUCUAUCUGAUAUUUCAGAAACCAAAGACAAGAAAGAAGAUGAGACGGAGCAAGAAGAAAAUGAAAACCUUAGCAUCACCACUCAUUUGUACCUGAAGCCGUGUCACACAAGUGAUACACUUGACAAGAAUGUUGUUCUCCGCCGCAUUCGCCACCGCAAGCGUGUCAACAAGGUUAAGUCCGCCGUUCAAGGUCUUUUCAGGUGUCCCUUUGCUUCAAACACCAAUAAGACUUCAAACCCUCAAAUUAAAUGGGCCGAUGAUGCUUUUGCUGCACUUUAG